UAAUGAUUUUCUUGUAUUUGCAUCUAGAGGGAGAACACUGAGCAUGAAAACUUUGCUCCAAUGUUCUUGAUUUGUCCCAGCACUGGGAAACGGUUUUCAGAACCAGUGCGAAUUGCAAACCUACCAGACAUUUGUGAACGAUCUGUUGUUCUGCAGGCAAUAGAAGAUGGGGAAAAAAUGCCAAACAGCACCCUGGAAGACAUGAGGCAGUCAAUCAGGAGAGACGCCUCCAUGGAAAAGAUUUUACUCAGCAUUCCACCGAUGAUGAAGACAUUUCCUCUGUGGCUCUCCUAUGGACAUGUGCCUGGUAGCAACUUUAGAGUAGCCCCUGAGCAGUCAUUUUCUCAGAUGAAAGAGGAUUUGGAUUUAUAUGCACACUUGCAGGUCACUCCUCCAUUGCAGGCAUUGCAUUCUUUUGUUGAAGCACCAUGCCUGAUGUACCUCACGGAGAACAACCUUGGUGUGUAUACUCAGAACUCCAAGGGAGGCAUGGGAGUUUUUCUUUUCAAUCCCCUCACUGGGAAACAAGAGGCCACGGAUCUAAAGAAGCUGGCAAACCAACUAGGAGAUGAGAGGACGGACCAAUCGGUGAGGACAACUAAAACCCCAAAAGAGGCAAUAAUGGUUCUUGUGGAUACAAGUAGCUCCAUGACAGAAGAAUGCGACAUCAACGUGUCAAAGCUCAGUGCUGUCAAGCAGCUGUUUGAUGCCUUUGCAAACAGAAGCAUGGCUUAUGAUUUCCCCCAUUUGAUCAGUCUGGUGACUUUUGGGGAAGGAGUCAAAAUCAUGCACAUGUUUACAGAAAACCUGGAGAAGUUCAAGGAACAUGUGCACAGUCUUCAGGCAUCUGGAUGUACGCCUCUAUAUGAUGCAUUAGCUCGAAGUGUUACUGAACUACGCAAAAUGAAUCACAAAUUCCCUGAGUGUCUUCUACGUGUCAUAUGUUUAACAGAUGGAAUUGAUGCCGGGUCAAACAACACCCCCGUUCCUGUUGUGAACAUGUUGUUGAAUUCCAACAUUGUUGUUGAUAGCAUCCUGGUCGGAGAAGUUGAUAACAAUGUGCUGCAUGGGAUCAGCAAUGUAACAGGAGGUUGCUGUUUUAAACCAGACACAAGCAAAACUGCUCUGAAGCUCUUCGAAAUGGAGACAGUCCUGUCACUGGAAAGCAGGACACUCAAGCCAAAAUCUUCAUCAGCCAUCCAGGAUGUGGAUGAGUUAACAAGAAUCUUUGCCACCCAUGGCUAUGAUGACAAACCACAGGUGAAAUUGCCCCCAGGAGUACAGAGUAACGUGGUGAUGACAGAGGAUGCUUUGAAGAAAAAGAUACUGGAAUCAAAAACUACACGUUUCAUGGAGAAGGACAGGCGGAUCAUGGAGGAGCUGAAAAGUCUCCACUGUGAUCCUCAUCCCUACUGUUCAGUCUUUCCCUCUGAUGAAGACUUCACAUUUUGGAAGAUUCUCAUGCAGGGCCCUCCCGAGACUCCAUAUGAAGAGGGAGUAUUUGAGCUCUACUGUCAGUUUGGAGAAGCCUACCCAGUGAAGCCUCCUCUUGUACGCUUCAUCACACCUGUGUACCACUGCAAUGUGAACAAUGUUGGACGAAUCUGCCACAACAUAUUUGAUCGUAAUUACUCUGCUAAUGUCACCAUGAGAGAGAUCCUGAAUGCAGUGUAUGGUCUCCUCAUAGCCCCAGAGCCUGAUGAUCCUUUAGACAGUGUCUUAGCCGAAGAAUUUAUGUCCAGCCCAAGCAAGUACAAAGAAGAGGCCCAGAAAAACACAGAAGCCACUGCAAAUACAAAGAUGCAUGACAUGGAAAAGAAAUUGCUGGGUUCAGAUCCUCAAAAGUCAUUUGUGCCCCCUCACUUGAUAUGUCCACUGACAAAGAAGAUGUUUGUUGAGCCUGUAAAAACAACCUAUGGUACUGCCUAUGAGAGAGGAGCAAUCGAAAAUUACCUGAAGGAAACCAAAACUGACCCCCAACAUGGUGGUCCUCUUGAGGAAAACUGCCUGAAGCCAGAUGAAGACCUGAAGCGUCUGGUGAAAAGUUAUCGAGCUAAACAAAUUGAGAAUUGAGAAACAUGGGUGUGAAGGGUCAAAUAGUGUUGAUGGUCGUUCUAAGGUUGACCUCAAUCAAUGAUAACUGAGAAUAACUGCCUUUUCAAUGACACCUCUCAUUCAACAGAUCCAGAAUGAAAACAAUAAACUUAGAGCGGUAAUUUUUACUCAUUUAACACAAAUUAACAAACAUAUUCUUUGAUUCUUACGAAUCAUUCUAUAAUAUAGUAAUACAUUCAAAUGAUACAGCCUACACUGAAAUCACCUAUCCAUUCACAUAACUCAACACUUAUAUCAUAAUAACUUGUUUGUCAACUUUCUUGGGUAGUGGGAGGUUUUUCUAAGUAAUUUUAUUGUAUUUUGGAUUGUAUAAGCCUGUGAUAGGCAGGUGUAGGGUAUUGAUUGUAUAGCCCUGUGGUAGGCACGUGUAGGGUAUUGAUUGUAUAAGCCUAUGAUAGGCAGGUGUAGGGUAUUGAUUGUAUAAGCCUGCGGUAGGCAGGUGUAGGGCAUUGAUUGUGUAAACCUGUGGUAGGCACGUGUAGGGUAUUGAUUGAAGCUGUAACUUUACAGGGGCAAUUUUGCAGUUAGCUAAAUUAGGCAUCUUCACUCAGUGGGUUUGCAAACAUCCUGAAAAGAGAUUUUCUGCGCGACACUGCAGGCCAUUUCAGUGCAGUUGUGAUCAUCUAGGGGUUCAUUUUUGUACUAUCUUUCUACAUUCAUGUUAAGCAAUAAAAGUUCAAUGUUUGAAUUAAUGCAGCCAACUCCCAUUGUAUCGAUUGGUGAAGGACUAAAUAUGUAACCUUUUGGCUGAAGAAUAAACUUACUUUUGUGCAAUGGAAA